UUACCGCAAUGCGUAAGUACCAACAGCUGGCCCUGGUGCUCCUUUCGAUAACGUGCGUGGUGAUACUGUUGGUGUACAAAAGUGAAAACAACCGACUAAAGUAUGUACUCGAGGUGGUCAACAUAUUCGGACGCAAUGAUGCGGCCAGCCUAAUACGCAUCGAUAACAGUAGCCGGUUACACAGCUCACCGUACGAUUUCGACAGUCCGCUGCCGGCGUGGCAGCGGCUAGGCGAUGGCUUCUACGUUUACUCCUCGUUCUGGCAGAAAAAUGAGCUCGCGGCAGGCGGUACGGUCAUCAGCCUAGCGGUCGGACUCGAACAUGCCGCAGUCAACUUCAAGUGUCAGGUGCAGCACGGUACCGGUGAUGUCGCUACCGGGAAGCUUCAUUUCGUCCGGCUAGAACAUCCGACCGGUUCGGUUAAGGUGCCCAAUGGGGAGGUGUUUGUGGUGUACAAGCUACUGUGCAAGGUAGCUCGUGACUUUGGACAACCGACAGAAAUCAUCUUUACCGAUACGGCUCAAUCGAUCAAACGGUACGUACCGCUCCGGGUACUGGAAAGUCGGUCGGUACAGCAAAAAAUGACCAUGACGGCGUGCGUUGAUAUGAGCGAUUAUCUCGAGCUGGAGGAAGAGUUCCGGAUGCCUUCCGCUGUUUUGCAGUACUUCCUGCACCACCAAAUCGUUGGCGUGGAAGAUUUCAUCGUGUACAAUAGUAAUGCGCUAAAUGGAGCGACUACAUCGCUGCUCUACAGUCAUGGCAUUAAGAUCAAUCUGUUGCCAUACAAUUUCCCCUUCAAUAUGGCUGACAAGCAACAGAACCGGCUGCUCAUUGAAAUGGACUGUCUGAUGCGAAAUUACAACGCGGCCAAACUUUCCUUCAUCGGAGCCAUCAACGAGUAUCUCUAUCCGAGCUCUCGGUUACGCGUGAACAACAAAUUUUUGAAGUACGCGUGGAAAGUGUCCAGCGACGUGUCACGUUUUGCCAUCGCCAGCCGGUCGGUGUGUAUCGACAAGCGGAAGAAAAUAUUCUCCGACAACUUGCUGUACGAUGUGGACGUCGGUGCACAACUGACGGCACCGAACGAGCGACCGUUCUAUGUGUACAAACCGCAGGACUACAACCGUACAGCCGGAACGCCCGAGUUUAUCAAAACACUUGACGUCGAUCGUUCGAUGAUCUUUGUCCAUAGGUAUGGAGGGAAGUGUAGUAGCAAAACGAAUCUACACGACUGGACGAUUAGCCUGCAGCCGGACUUUCUACAGUACGUGACGGAUGUGGGUCGAGAGCUAAACAAACUUAUCUUCCGAUAA